AUGUCUUCAACUAAACAAAUAAUUGUCGAACAACACAAGCAAGAAUAUGUGCAAUUAAUUCUUAAACAAAAAACUGAAAUACUUGAUCGAUACAAACAAAAAUCACAAGUUUAUAUAGCAAUUUAUGAAAAAGAACAAGAAUUAUUAAGUCUUUCAAAUCAACCAAUAUGUAAACCAAAGAAAUUCAAAACUGAAGAAGCAAUACCAAUGACAGACGAUGAUUUUCUUAUUGCUGAACUCAAUGGACAUUUUCAAUAA